AUGGCAAUUGCACUUUUAAAAGAUAACGUUUGUACAAAAUUUUACUUCAUAAAACAGUCACUUCCAUUGCAACAUGAUAUUAAGAAACAUUCGAACUUGAAAAAGGAGGAGAAAAUAAACGAUAAGAUGCUUUUCCGUCAUUUAAAAAUUAGUAACGCUCAAACUUUAGAUAGAAAUUUCUGCUAUUCGUAUAUUUUACCAGUAAUCAAUGAAAAGUAUUUGCCAAGAAUAAAGGUUUAAAACAUUAAUAUUAACAAAUAAAUUUUUUUACCAGCAUAUAGUCGUGAAAUCGAUGGAAAAAGCACUGCAAUUCAGGCAGCUACACUUACACCAGAGGAUGUAAAAACUUUAAUAUACCCCGAUUUUCCAGGAAAAUUAAAGAAAGAAAAGACUGUUUCAAUUUUCCCUAGCCGAAUUGAUAUAACAGUAGAUUCAUUAUUCACAAAAGUGGUUACAGAAGACAAUGAAAUUAUUACAAAAAUGAUAAAAAAUAUGAUUCCUAUAAAGAAAGCUAUUUUCAUUGAUAGUACAUGGCAUCAAACUAAAGCUAUCUAUAAGGAUCAAAGAUUACGGGAUUUACAAUGUGUCAUUCUAAAAUCAACAAUAUCACAAUUUUGGCGCCACUAAAAAAAAAGUCCACGAUUGCAUUUAGCUACCAUUGAAGCAAUUCGUCAGUUUUUAAUUUCUUCAGAGGUUCUGAAGGAAAAGAAGUUAACAAAACAAAUCUUACAAAUAUCUAAUGUUGCACACUAG